GCAACGCUAUCAGCUGGAUCCCGUGGCAACUGUCGCCUUCCUCAGCACCGCACUUUUUGAUGCCUAUGAUAAGAAAAUCCUAGACCUAGCAACGCAGGCGCCCGCGGACCCUUCGCUCCGCACCGUGUCCACCAGUGAGCUCGUGUCGGCGGACCGCAAACUCUGGAAAGAAAUCUCCAGCCUGCACAGCGCCGGCUGGAACCUUGACGACGCCUUGCAUGAGAUGACGACGGUCCGCUCAGACGUCGGCAACCACUUGCAGCUCCGCGCACG